AUGCUUCCAGCACGGCCUAUCCCAGCAGAUGAGAUGGAGGUGGGCCUUGGGAUUCAUGGAGAGCCGGGCCUUCGGGUGAAGGCCACCGCGAGCACCACCGCCAAGGAGAUCGUUGAGACCAUCAUGUCGCAAUUGGCCAAGCACGUGCCUCGGAAGGUGCCACUUUGCGUGAUGCUCAACAACCUAGGCUCUGUGCCCGUCUUGGAGAUGCAGCUGAUCGCAGGGCAAGUGAUGAACAGCGAGUUGGGCCCACGCAUCAAAUUGCUGAUUGGGCCAGCUCACUUGAUGACCGCCUUGGACACCAACGGCAUCUCCAUCAGUGUUUUACCGUUGGAAGACCGUGCCUCGCGCGUUGGCACCGCGCUCGCCUUGGAUGCGAAGCGGGACGGCGAGAAGGAAGGCGGCCGCCAGCGGAGCAAAAGCGUACAUUUCCGAGACCAGCUGGAGGAUGGCCACGAAGUGGCUGGAAAGGAGACUCAGGAGGACAUGGCCAAGGACAAGGAAGAAGAGGCUGGACUUUGA